AUGGAGUCGGGGAAGCAGCUCACGGGGACGUUGGCCCUGGCCGUGUUCACGGCGACGCUGUCGUCCCUGCAGUACGGAUACAGCCUGGGAGUCAUCAACGCGCCCCAGAAGGUCAUCGAAAGGCAUUACGGGCGGUCCCUGGGGGUGUGGUCGGAGAGGGCCGCCGUCCCGUCGGGAAACGCCACCGAAGAAGAAGACGAGUUCCAGGAGGCGGGGCAGCACCCGGCCGUGGUCAUGUAUUGGUCGCUGUCGGUGGCGAUCUUCUCCAUCGGGGGCAUGCUGUCCUCCUUCCUGGUGGGAUUUGUGGGAAACCUGAGAGGGAGGAUAAAGGGCAUGUUGAUGGUGAAUGUCCUGGCCGUCGCUGCCGGGCUGCUCAUGGGUCUUUGCAAGAUGUGGAAACCUCACAUCAUGGUCAUCUCGGGCCGCGCCGUCAUGGGCUUCUACUGCGGGUUGACAUCUGGUCUAGUGCCUAUGUACAUUGGAGAGAUCGCACCCAAGGUGUACCGAGGGGCUCUGGGGACAUUACACCAGCUGGCUAUUGUCAUCGGCAUCCUCAUCAGCCAGGUAAUAGGCUUGGACUUUGUGUUUGGCAACGAUGACAUGUGGCCCCUGUUGCUCGGGCUGUCUGGCGCUCCGGCCGUCCUCCAGACCUUCCUGCUGCCUCUGUGCCCCGAGAGCCCCCGCUACCUUUACAUCGUGCGGGGCGAGGAGCAAGAGGCCCGAAAGAGUCUGUAUCGCCUGAAAGGGGCGUAUGACGCAACUCCCGAUCUGGAGGAGAUGAGGAGGGAGAAAGAGGAGGCGAACAAGGAGCCUAGUGUCUCCAUCCUUUCCUUGAUCCGCUCCAGCGUGUACAGGCAGCAGCUGCUGGUCGCCCUCAUGAUGCACCUCUCCCAGCAGCUGUCUGGCAUCAAUGCAAUCUUUUACUACUCUACGGCUAUCUUCAUUCGGGCCGGCGUCACUCAGCCGGUCUUCGCCACGAUCGGAGUCGGAGUCAUCAACACGCUCUUCACUCUGGUGUCCGUGGCUCUGGUAGACAGGGCCGGCAGGCGCACUCUGACCCUGGUCGGCCUGGGAGGGAUGUGCUGCUGUGCAGUCGGCAUGACGGUGGGCCUCACGUUACAGAACGAGUACUUGUGGAUGAACUACGUCAGCAUGUCGUCCGUCUUCCUCUUCGUGAGUUUCUUUGAAAUCGGCCCCGGGCCCAUCCCGUGGUUCAUCGUCGCGGAGCUGUUCAGUCAGGGGCCUCGGCCGGCGGCCAUCGCUCUAGCCGGCUGCUGCAACUGGACCAGCAACUUUGUCAUCGGCAUGACCUUUCCAUUCAUACAGACUUGGUUGGAUUCUUACGUGUUCGUCCUGUUUGCCGUGCUGCUUCUCGGCUUCACCGUGUAUAUUUACCUCCGGGUGCCGGAGACCAAGGGCAAAACCUUCGAGGAGAUCGCCGCCAUCUUCCACAAGGACCGGAAAAAGUCGACCCGGGGCCCCGAAGACGCCGCUGAGCUGCAGCAGCUCAAAACCUCCACGGAUGCUUGACA